AUGAUCCCACUUCAACAUGCGCAGCCUGCUGAGUCCAGCCCUCGCUGUGUCCUCUUGCAAAGUGUUGAUUGCUUCGGCAUAGUAGCUGAACCGGAGUUCCAAUUUGUAGGAUACAGCGAGGAAGCUGGAGAUGAACGUCGGCGUCGUGUGCAUAGGGACGAACAGUGUGACGCUAGAUUGCGUCUUCCCCAGGGUGUACAGCGACCUCUGCACGACGCUCACCUCGGACGUCACUUGCUCCUGAGUGCCCGCAACGUCAAAACGAACCAGGUUGACAUCCACCUGGAGGCAUCUGAAUGCGUCGGGAAAGUCGAAAUGGACAGUGAACCAAGAGUUGGUUGGCAGAGUGAACUCUUGCGCUCCCCUUAG